GCGUCGGACGUGGUCGAAGACAGAUUGGUACCGCGCGAUCGACGGUGGAUUUGUGCCGUCCGCGAGACAGAAUUUGAACUCUCGCUCCUUUCGGACGAUAUCGCGAUCUCGCGACUUUUCGCGUAUCGGUCGACGAAUGUCCGAUCGAAUGACUACGGAUUAAGAUAAGACGCCACUGUCGGUCGAGUGCGACAGAGUCGAUGAGGGAUAGGCGUGCGAUGCGCUGCACAGCGAUUAUUAACAUGUGAGAGGAAGAGAGGAAGAGAGAACCGCCCGACAAUUCCGUUGACCCUUUAAACGACCCGCGUAUUUACACAUUUCCACACGCCGUUCAUCUAAUAAAAAUCGCGAUAUAUUCGAAUAUCGCGAUGUUAUGUACGGUCGUAUGAGAGAUUUGUCGGAGGGAAAGAGACGUAACUUCAACUGACAACUCGAUUGCCCCAAAGUUGCGGAAUAAAAAGAGCAAACAGGGGGAUACUCUCGUCAGAAAGAAAACGUCGGUGGUAACUGCAACGAGAGGAAACGUCCACACGAAGAUUUCUUUAAUUCAUUCCCCGUCGUGUCGGAAGGGUCUGUCAUUACUGCGAGAAACAAUCUAAAUGUGUUCCAUAGCGAUGCCAGCCGAACUGCUUCUGGGGCACAGCCCUCCAGUGUACAGUUCUUUACUGUACAGUCCCCUGGUGGUCACGGCACCCCCGAUCACUAGCAGAACGGUGCCCCCCAGAAUCAGACCAUGCCUCUCUUCAGGAUCUUUGCCUCUGGACACAUUGCGAAACGAUGGCAAUGGCAAACAGAAGAAACGGGUGGUGUUUGCCGACGAUCGCGGUCGUCCUCUCACACAGAUUCGCGUAAUGUCAGAACCAAGCCACGUGCCACCACUGUGGAGCACGGCUUAUGUGGCCGGCCUGACUGGAGGUCUACUCGGUUCGUCCAAGGAUCAGAAUCAGGAUGCGACGCAAAACUCCACACCGCUCUGGCAAGUGACCUUCCCGCAACCGGCGAGUGACUAUCUCGCCUUUCGACAUAAGCUCGAUCAGGAUAACGUCAGCUUGGAGAAUGUAAUUGUGCGCGAAUCCGAGCAAUGCUUGGUAGGUACGGUAAAGGUCCGGAAUCUGGCCUACGACAAGGAAGUCGUGGUGAGAGUCAGCAACGAUUCCUGGGUCACUAACGAGGAUGUGUACUGCACGUACGUAGAGCAACGAGGAUCACCAGCUUCCCUCAUACUCUACGACACCUUCCGAUUCCGGCUCACUCUGCCAGUAGCGUCGAACGUUAUCGAAUUCUGUGUGCGAUAUCGCACCGACGGCAAGGAGUUUUGGGAUAAUAACGAAAGCAAGAACUACAUAAUUCGUAAGAAGCAAGAGCCCCGGGUAGCAGCUAAAUGGCAUGACAACAUCCAGACGACGACUUGCGAAGGGAUUUCCGGUAACAACGAAAACGGCAACGUGAUGCCGCGCAACACGGAAGUCACCAGGCUCAACAUGCGCACCUGGAGCGAAUUCGCGUCCUGGCAGCACCUGGCCAACGACGCACCCUACUGGUGAAUCCACCGACGAGGAAGCUGUGCCUCUUCGUCUCGAUAAGGAUCAAGCUGUACGAACUACUCCAGUUUCUUCACCGGCAGUUUUGCCAAGACGAGACAUCAAACGGGACCAUAAGCCAUAGGCAUCUCAUGGAACGCGAGUCAUCUUAGAGAUGAGGGAGAACAACGAGAGAGGAGAUCAUCGCUGCGCGACGAUUCGAAUUGAGAACGAGGGAAACAAGAGCGCGCGUGCGGGAGAAAAACAAUCGGGGGAUGAUAACAAACAGCGGAGCGGACGCAACGUCGAGCUCCCCGGAUAACGCAAUCUA